AUGAAUGUCUCGACCCUCCUCGCGGAACCACCUGGGAAUGAUCAACCUGAUGAGUCUUUGGUCCUCAGUUUGCUGGACAAAGAAAAUGUACCUGACAGAAGCCAAAGCCGUCGUUGGGUCAGCUUGCGUCCCCCAUCCAGGGCUGGGAGAUUCCUCCCUAGGUUUGUGGCACUAGGCGCAGCAGCAACAGCAAUGUAUCUGAUUAUCACAUGUGCCACCCAUCUCACAAAACCAGUACGGCACUGGAAACUUGGACGGGGUUUGGCUUCAGGGGAAGAGUUAGGGGAUACUGGGGAAGAUGGAAGCAGUGGCAGCAUAUCGGAUUUAUGUGGACCCGGACAAACUGCACAAAAUGGAGCAGCGCCGCUCUACUCACACACGGACGCGGCACUACAGCGUGUACUUGAUGAAAUAAGCUUAAGUAAAUCGACGACUAAUGCUCUCCCCGAUCAGCCCGAGCACAUUGACGCAAAACUGACGCGUGGCCGGUCAGGCGUGCGGGGACAAGCAUCUGCCCGGAAGAGGAGGCGAGAGACAAACGUCGGCCUGGAGGCCGAGGCACUCAGUAGCAAAAAAGCGGUUCUCAGCGACCCACAAGAUAAAACACCUGGACCAGCUGACCUGCCAACUCAGCUGUUCUCAGAUGAAGUCCAACUAAGUUUCUGGUUGUCUAGAACUGCCAAAGAGUCGCCAGAGAAGCCUCCUUCAGAAGGCAUUCGUACCCAACCCCCAUCUGGCAAGGGUGCACGUUCAGUAUUUAAAACGGCAUUUCUCAGCGAACCACGAGAUAAAACACCUGGACGGGUUGGCCCAUCAACUCAACUGUUUUCAGAUGCAAGCCAACUGAGUUUCUGGUUGUCCAGAACUGCCAAAGGGCCGCCAGGGAAGCCUUCUUCAGAAGGCUUUCGUACUCACCCCCAAGCUAGCAAGGGAGUGGGCGCCUUGGGACCAGGAAAUACAGAUAAGGUCACCGUAUUUAUUUCUCCGAGUGAUAUUUUUUUAGAAAGCUUGUUGGACGACGGCGACAUUAUAUUGAGAGAUUGGUUCCCUGAACCUCUAACAGGUACCGUGCCGAUUAGCCACUUUGACGAAGAUCUGGAUUUAGAAGGAUGCGAGGACGUGAAGUGUUAUUACGAGGAUCCCAAGAAACCAGCCACAUCGUCUGCAGAUGCAGGAGUGGGGCAUAAUCAACAAGGCAGCAUCUCUACUAAAGUGCGCACCGGACCUUCGAGUGUCUGGGGGCAGGCAGUCCAGUCACAAACGGGGCCUUCUGCUGAGGGUGGAGGGGCUGCUGUCGUAGAUUCUUCAGGAUCCGGCGAUGAUAUGAACGCGCAUCCUUUCUUCCGCUUACCUGCUGUGCCACCCAAUCUUAGUGCAAAACAGAUCGACUUAGCCAGUCUUGCUUCCUCUUCUACAGUAAAGGGAAAACCAGUAUUUUCUCUUCAUGUGAUCAGAAGUGUUUGUUUAGGACCUUCUCUUGACAAAGAUUCUUUCGAUCUUCUGGUGGACGCAGCAGAACGCCUGUGUAAAUACGCUUUGGAACACAUGGACACGGACGUCGCGGGUCUGGUUCCAUAUCGUGUCGUGGAAAUCAUGGGGACCAUAUUCUUCGUCGUGGACGCACUCUAUUGCGCAGACCAACUGCUUGGUGCAAAUGCCAACAGUAACCAAUGGUGGCCGUCAGUAAUGGAUCGCGUCAAAAUUGCUCUGAGCUCUUUCGAAAAAGACAAGAAGAACCGUCAUUUGAGUUCCAGGUAUAUGAAGCUUUGUGUAGCUCUGGUGGAAGCUCUUGGUACCUACACAAGAGGUUCCCGGCCUAGUGCAAAAGAUGUGGUCUAUCUAAAACGGUCUCUGGUCUGUGAGUCUGGCAAGACGAAAUUCGGAGGUAACGCGUGGGAUCCUUGGCGAAGAGACGAAAGGCUGUGGACUGGGUCUAAAUCCUGCUGA